GAAAGAAAGAAAGAAAGAAAGAAAGAAAGAAAGAAAGAAAGAAAGAAAGAAAGAAAGAAAGAGAAAGAAAGAAAGAAAAGGAAGAGAGGAAGAGAGGAAGAGAGGAAGGAAGGAAGGAAGGAAGGAAGG